AUGGCGGCUACGACACAUAGCUUUCCCCUCCCGACCUCGGGCCCUUCUACUGAUGGACAGGAUAAUUCCAGUCCCGACACGCCGGUUGAUGGCAACGCGGCGGGCGCAUCUGGAGCCAGUACCGGGGGAUUCGAGCUAUCUCGCGGAGGGUUGGCUGCAAUCAUUGUAGUUGUCUCAAUCGUAGCGAUACUUGGCAUUGCCAUGACGAUUCUCUUCUAUAUCGCCAAGAAGAGGGAAUGGACAAUUCGUGAGACCAUCCGGAGAUCAGCAAAGAAGGUCGUCACCGUCUUGACACCGCGGCGGUCCGAAUUCCCCAGAUCAGUCAAAGAGUCGGUUGGUCGAGGUGGCCGGGUCAAGUUGGACGAGGUCCCGCCGACGCCGCGAAUCAAACCGGAGCAGCUAGACUUGGAAAAAGGCGCCGACAAGCCCGACAAGAAACGCUACAACUUUAGCCGCAAGUGA